CGACUAUUUAAAUCCCAUUGCUGUCAGCCUUCCGCCUUUGGUCUCGUCUCUUCAGGCAAAGAGACAUUCCAUAAGCAAUCGUUGCCCCUCUUCGAUCAGCAGACGGAGGGCCUCUUCUCUUCUCUUCCCACCUCCUGUUGGCUUACCAGCGGGGUAGAUUGAGCAGGUAGCUUAACAAACGCUGUUCAGGCAAUUUCAUCUUCGCCGGGUAGAGCACAGUUUGCUCUGUCUCUCGAUAGCAAGGCGUCGUUGUGUUUGGUCUGGCUGGAAGGGGCACCCUUUCUCGGAAGACUCCAGGAUGCCGUCACAAAAGAUAAAGCCCAGUUUCCGCAAGGUUCAAACCUUCAAGACCGAUUACGCGCCCUGCACAAUCACUCAAUAUGUGUCCGAGCGGAGUGGUAUGCAGGUCGUAGUGGCUGACCGCAAGGGGCCAAAGAUCAAUGGCUACUUCACCCUGGCCACCGAGAUCUUCGACGAUUCUGGAGCCCCACAUACCCUUGAGCAUCUAAUCUUCAUGGGCUCCAAGAAUUACCAGUGGAAAGGCCUUCUGGACAAGCUGUCUUCCCGCGCGUACUCUAGCACGAACGCCUGGACUGCCACCGAUCACACAGCCUAUACCCUUGAGACAGCUGGCUGGGAUGGUUUUGCCCAGAUCCUCCCCGUCUACUUGGAGCAUGUGAUCCUACCUACGAUUACCGACGACGGUAUUGUCACCGAAGUUUGGCACAUCGAUGGCGAGGGUAACGAUGCAGGUGUCGUGUACUCGGAAAUGCAGGCUGUGGAGAAUCGCAGCACCGAAAUCAUGGAUCUGAAGGCCCGCCGGCUUUUAUACCCAGAAAACGUCGGUUUUCGGUACGAAACAGGCGGCAUGACGGAGGCUUUGCGAGUUCUUACCCCUGAGCGCAUUCGCCAAUUCCACAGGGACAUGUAUCAGCCGCGCAACUUGUGCGUUGUUAUUGUAGGCGAAGCUGAUCACGAGAACCUCCUGGAAAUCCUAGAUGCAUUCGAGGAAAGUAUCAAAGAUGAUAUUCCUGCCCUCGAUACCCCAUUCAAAAGGCCCUGGACAGACUCAGCUCAGCCGCCCGUCCUCAAAGAAAGCAUUGUCACGACAGCAGAGUUCCCAGAGGAGGACGAGUCCGUUGGUGAAAUCCUCAUUGGCUUUUUCGGUCCUCCUUGUACCGAUGUUCUUGCUACAUCGGCUCUUAACAUUCUUCUUACGUAUCUUUGUGGUUCAUCGGUCUCCGUAUUGGAAAACACACUUGUUGAACGGGAGGAACUAGCAAGCUCUGUAUCAUACUGGUGGGAAUCCAGACCGAACUCGCUCAUUUGGCUGCAGCCCACCGGUGUGGCAACGGAGAAGCUGGCCUUUGUAGAGAAGCGUCUUUUUGAAGUCUUGAAGGAUGUUGUGUCAAAGCCCUUGGACAUGGAUUACAUGAGAGAGUGCAUUCGAAGAGAGAAGCGACAGGUCAAGUAUCAUGCUGAGACGUCAGAAUCAUUCUACUCUACCAACAUCAUUACCGACUACCUCUUUGGAAAACGCGACGGCUCCACGCUCAAGGAACUGGAAACUUUGGCAGAGUAUGAUGUUCUUGAAAAAUGGUCGGAUGAAGAAUGGCGAGCAUUCAUGAGAGAGUGGAUGGCUGAUGCUCAUCACAUCUCCAUCUUGGGUAAGCCAUCUCUGGAAUUGGCCACCAAGAUCAAGAGUGACCAUGAAGCUCGUAUCGCCAAGCGCAAAGAGGAACUUGGAGCAGAUGGGCUGCAAAAGCUCGCACAAAGACUCGAAGAAGCCAAGAGCAAAAAUGAUGCACCAAUCCCACCUGAGGUAAUUGAUCGCUGGGCUGUUCCCGGCACAGAGUCGAUUCACUUCAUAGAAUCAGAUACUGCUCGCUCCGGCAAUGCCAAGUCUGUUGGCCUGGGUCCCGGACGUGCGCAGGAGCUCAUCAAUGCUGCUUCGGAUGGCAAGCUACCGCUUUUCAUUCAGUUCGAGGAUGUACCUACAAACUUCGUCCACAUCACUCUUCACGUUGGCACAUCUAAAGUCCCUGUUCACCUGAAGCCCCUGAUAUCAAUCUUUAGUGACAAUUUCUUCAACACCCACAUCACACGGGAUGGGCAGAAGAUCAACUUUGAGCAGGUCGUCAUGGAGCUGGAGAGAGACAGUGUUGGCUACGACAUUGGAAGCUCUCGACAGCUUGGUGACACAGAAGGAUACAUGAUUCAGUUCCAGGCGGAGCCCGAAAAAUAUGAUGCCGCUGUCAACUGGCUUCGUACUAUGAUGUUCGACUCCGUCUUCGACCCUGUCCGAAUCAAGGCAGCUGUUAUGAAAGCCUUGGCUGACAUCCCAGAAUCCAAGCGUGAUGGGCGCAGCAUGGCCGCUGAAGUGGACACAGCCAUUCACACGGAAAAGUCUACUCUUACAGCUGCCAGACGGGUUGUUGUUAAGGCGGUCUACCUCAAGCGUAUUAAGAAGCUCUUGAAGAAGAAACCAGACCAGGUUGUGGAGUGGUUCAAUGAGAUCCGUAACUCUCUUUUCACAUUUGAAAAUUUGAGAGUCCUUGUCACGGCGAAUUUGCAAAAUCUCCCCAACCCCAUCACUACUUGGGAUUCGCUCUCCACAGCGCUCAAGUCACAGAAUGAGUCUAUGGCUCCUAUUCCAAAGCCAUCGAGUAUUUUGAACGAGGAAGGAAAGGCUCCCGGUUCUGUGGGUGCCACGAUCAUCCCCAUGACAGCUCUUGACAGCUCUUUCUCCGUGAGCACUGCCCCUGGCCUCUCUUCAUUUUCAGAUCCUAUGGUGCCUGCCCUUAUGGUAGCAGUAGGAUACCUCGAGACAGUAGAGGGACCUCUGUGGAAUGCUGUCCGCGGCGCCGGGUACGCCUACGGCACCUUCUUCACGCGCAACGUUGAAAGCGGAGUCAUAUCCUUCAAAGUGUACCGCUCUCCAGACGCGUCCAAGGCCAUCAUUGCUUCACGGGAUGCCAUUCAGAAGAUUGCCAACGGCGACGUGCCAAUUGACAAGCACCUGCUGGAAGGCACCAUCAGCCAGAUUGUGGUCACCUUUGCAGACGAGCAGUCCACCAUGCCCAGCGCUGCCCAGCAGAAUUUCGUCCAGAGCGUGUUCAAGGGGCUGCCCAAGGAUUGGAGCAAGGUUAUCUUGAAGCGCGUUAGAGAAGUAACCGAGGACGAGAUUCGACAGGCACUCAAGGACUUCGUCAUGCCUUGCUUUGAGCCGGGCAAGAGCAAUGUCGUGAUUACGUGCGCCAAACUAAUGCAAGAGGGUAUCGAAACUGCAUUCAAGGGUAUGGGCUACAAGGUCCAGACUCAUGAGCUCAGUCACUUUCACGAUGACUACGGUUUGGAUGCUGGUGAUGACGAGGAGGAAGAUGAGGAUGAGGACGACGAAGAUGACGAUGAAGAUGAGUUUGAUGAUGAGGAGGGGAGCGAAGAGGAUGAGGAUGAGGACAAGGACUAGAUAUCUGGGUUAGAUGGACACAAAGCCCCAAGGGCAGGCUCUCCGACCUCCAGCAUAGGCUCGUAUAGAGUAACAUAGGCAACUAGAAACAUGCUGCAAGAUGGUACGAAUGCACAUUUACG